GGGGACCGCCGGAUCGGCACGGAUCCCGCUGUCCGCCGGAUGACGCACCGUGAGCUUUGGGCUCCGGAAUAACCAGACCGAGACUCUCAAUAUAAAUUCCCCAUCAUCAAUCGGUGCAAAUCUUGGCCACCUUAUUUUGCACAUUGUUAACUACCUCUGCUAAAUUCCAUUGCCGCUCCUCUCACACACUCGUGACACACCGCCAACAUGAACCCUCAGGAGUCGAAUCCGGACCUCGAGUCCUUCCGGACCCAAUGGAAAGCAGAGGUGCAAGCGAAACAGUCUCUCGCCGGGCCGUCCACUCAUCAAACUCCUCAAACCAGAACUGCCCCGCCACCACGGACAAAGUUGCCCUCGGCCCAAAAUGACGACGACAGCGACGACGACGGCUAUGCCCAGCCGCAGCAGUUUGACCACGCUGAGGCGGGCCCAUCCACAUCUUCCGUUCAGACGGGGCAUCCCGAGGGUCCGGAACGGGGUGAUCCCGUUUCCGCCCUCGAACACUACGAGAAGGCCGUGGAGAGGGAGACCGUGGGAAAGCUAGGGGACAGCUUGCAGCUGUAUCGGAAGGCCUUCAGACUGGACGACGGCGUCGACCAAAAGUACCGGGCGAAGCACUUUCCGAAGCCGCCCCCUAAGCCAGCACGUGCACCUUCGGCCAAUGCUGCCCCCGGGACCGUCACGACGGGAGCCGCUUCCGCCGCGGUCGUACAGCCCCCGUCGACGAAGGACCUCAUCGCGAGCUUUGCCGUGAUGUCCAUCGCCCCGGCGCCACCCCCGGUCGAAGGGAUGCCGCCACCCCCAUGCCCGCUUGCCGAGCUCCCGGAGGAAAUCCUAGUACUCAUCCUCCGGGACGUGGCUGUCCUCGAUGUCGGGGAUUUCAUGCGGUUGGCCCAGGUGUGUAAGCGGCUGGCCUAUCUCGUCGCCACCGAAAGCACCAUCUGGCGCCGCCUCUGCCUCGGCACCGAAUUCGGUUUUGGGGGUAUGCACUACUACUGGCAACAACGGGUGUGCUGGGAUCCCUUCACCGAUGCCGACCUCAUACGUGAGGCCGCUGAAGGAGAGGCACCCCCCCUUGCGUUGGCCGACCCAGCCGCAUCCGGGUCAGUCGCCGCUUCCCCUCCCUCGGCCCUCACCCUCGCCGAGCGCGCGGACCGGCAAGCGCGGGAGAGCAAGGCCAACACGUUGGCUUUCUACCGCUCCGUGUACUCGGCCUCGUGGCAGCGCAUGUUCCGGAUGCGCCCGCGCAUCCGAUUCAACGGUUGCUACAUCAGCACCGUCAACUACCUGCGCUCCGGCCAGGCCAGCCACAACCAGUCCACCUGGGGCACGCCCGUGCACAUCGUGACGUACUACCGCUACCUGCGGUUCUACCGCGACGGCUCCGUCAUCAGCCUGCUGAGCACCACCGAGCCCGCCGAGGUCGUGCACCACCUCACGCGCGACGCCCUUGCGCUGCACGCGGGCGGCGCUGGCUCGAACCUGCCCAGCGCCGUCAUGCGCCAGGCGCUGCGUGGUCGGUGGCGGCUGGCGAGGGAGUCCGACAACCCCGAGGCGUUGCCCGCCGAUAUCGAGGGCGACGUUACGGUCGAAACCGAGGGUGUCAGCAAGUACAUCUACCGCAUGGACCUCGAGCUCGGAACGGCGGGCAAGAUCACGCGGAACAACAAGCUCGGAUGGAAAGGCUUCUACAGCUACAACCCGCUGACGGACGACUGGGCCGAGUUUACCAUGCGCCAUAGCAAACCCUUCUUUUUCAGCCGGGUAAAGAGUUACGGGGUGCAGGGGGCGUAGCGAGCGGGAUCAAAGGGAACAUCCAUACCUAGACGGGUGGGGAUAGAAGGUCACAGCAAGCGGGUUUGGUUUCAUCAUAUAUUGGAUAUUUGGGCUUAGACAUUAGCGUGGUGGUAUUUGGGCUUCGAUCUCAUGAUCUUGGUGGUAUUUCAACUUCAUUUUGCCAAUCACAACCGACUUGUCCCAUGGUGUUGUGAACGAG